AUGGCUGGCGACGCGUCGGAGCUUGAGCUCCCCUUCGUCCAGGACGUCCAGCUCACCAAGUGCAUGCGGCUGCGGGCGCAGAGCCUCCAGCAGAGGAACGAGCGGCCGCAGGAUGGCGAGAAGCUGCUGCGGCCCAACGAGUACAUCUACCGGGUGGAUUUCGUCCGGCAGCACAACCUGCACUUCCUGCGCUGGAAGAUCCAGAUGGAGAAAGCAGGGAAGUUGAUGGUGACGGGCACCUCCCAGCACUGGACGCCCGACCUCACCAACCUCAUGAACAGGCAGCUGCUGGAGCCGGUGGGCAUCUUUUGGAAGAAGCCAGGGACCAAGGAAGUGGAGUGUAACGAGGCAGAUGCCCAGGAGUUUGGGGAGAGGCUGAUGGAGCUGGCCAAGAUCCGCAAGGUGAUGUACUUCCUCCUCUCCUUCACCGAUGGCCUCGACCCAGCCCACCUCAAGUGCUCCGUAGUGUUCAAAGCCUGA